GGCGCGCGGGGGCGGGGGUGGGGGCGGUGCGUGGCUGGCGGGGCUUCCGCUCGCCGAGGCCCGGGGCGGGGCUGGAGGUGCGGACUCGUCCCCAUGGCCGCCGCGCCGGAGCCCGGCGAGCCCGAGAAGGGGAAGCCCUUCAAGCUCCUGGGAAUUUUAGAUGUUGAGAACAUUCCCUGUGCACGGGACUCGAUAUUAUACGGUUCGUUGGGAUCUGUCGUGGCUGGCCUCGGACACUUCUUGUUAACUAGCAGAAUCAGAAGAUCGUGUGAUGUCGGAGCAGGAGGAUUCGUCGUGGUGACUUUAGGAUGCUGGUUCCACUGUAGGUAUAAUUAUGCAAAGCAAAGGAUCCGGGAAAGAAUCGCCAGAGAAGGAAUUAAAAAUAAGAUUUUAUAUGAAAGUACCCACCUUGAUCCUGAAAGAAAACAAAGCAACAGCAGCAACUGAACAGGGGCGAGCAGAGAAACCCACGUACAACUCACUGCUGUGGGUGUGAGCAAGGCUGGGAUUGGCUGCGUCAACCGCCGUGUGUACCCCACGAAGGCUUCCAGCCCAGUAAAUAAAGUGUGUGUUUAAGUGGUA